AGAGCGGCGGGGCAGCGGGGCAGCAGGCAGCCGGGCCGUCCUUUUUCCGGGGCUGUGCAGGGGCAGCGGCGGCAGCAUGACCUCGGCGGCGCUGGAGAUUUUGGGGCUGGGCCUGGGCAUCCUGGGCUGGGUGGGGGUGAUUCUGGCCUGCGGGCUGCCCAUGUGGCAGGUGUCAGCCUUCAUCGACGUGAACAUCGUGGUGGCGCAGACCAUCUGGGAAGGGCUGUGGAUGAACUGCGUGGUGCAGAGCACGGGGCAGAUGCAGUGCAAGGUGUAUGACUCCAUCCUAGCGCUGCGUCCCGAGGUGCAGGCAGGCCGGGCACUCACCGUCGUUGUGGCACUGCUGGGGCUGGUGGCACUGAUGGUGACCGUGGUGGGCGCGCAGUGCACCAACUGCAUCCGACCCGGCAAGAUGAAGUCCCGCGUCGUGAUCGCCGGUGGGGCCAUCUACAUUCUCUGCGGGGUCCUGGUCCUCAUCCCACUCUGCUGGUUCGCCAACAUCGUCAUCAGCGACUUCUAUGACCCCACCGUGCCAUCCUCCCAGAAGCGAGAGAUGGGGGCUGCGCUCUACAUCGGCUGGGCAGCCACGGCCCUGCUGCUCUUCGGGGGCUGCCUCAUCUGCUGCUGCUCCUGCUCCCAGCGCGACGAGACCUCCUUCCCCGUCAAGUACUCGGCGCCGCGGCGGCCCACCUCCAACGGCGAGUACGACAAGAAGAACUACGUCUGAGCGGGGCUGCCGCGCUCCCCCGGCCCUGCGGGGACACGGACAGAGGGCACCGCGCCGGGAGCGCCUGCAGCCAGCUCCAGCGCUCCCCUGCCUAGCGUCCCUUCUUAACGGGGACCCCCCGUAAAGUGGCAGCCCUAGGCAGGGCAGCGCCCCGCUGCCCCCGGGCCCGGCUCCCCGGGGGGCUGGUGGCUCCGCUGUGGGCAGCUCCGCGCUCGGCGCCGCCGGGGACCCGGUACUGACCGCCCGCGCGUAGAGCAAAGCCCCCCUUCCCCGGCCGCACGGUGCAGCCGAAACGGCGUCUCCCCGGCCCGGAGCGGGGUGGGUGGGAAUGGGGGGGCCCGGGCGAGCCGCGGCAGCAUGCUCGGGGCCGCCCCGUCUGGCCGCCGCCUUCCCGGCCGGCUCCCGCCGCAGCUCCCGGCUUUUCCCGGUGCUACCGUGGACGCCGUGAGCACUUCACCGCCCACUCUAGGGGCUGGUGCCCCUCGGAGCAUCGCCUGGCCGUGGCACCGCGCCGUCGGGUGUGCACUGGUGCCGAGGAGGAGCGUCCUUUCCUCGUUUUCUCUCCUGAAAAACUUCAUCUGCCUGAUCCUGCUGGGACUUUCACCGGUUAGGGAUUGGGGCUUUUUGUUCUUCUGUUUGGGUAACUAAGAUUCUGUGUAAAGCACGACACUAACCUCAGUCCUUACUCCUGCAGGCAGGUGACUGUCUGGAGAAAGGUAUUUGAUUUUUCUGCAGUUGUUUCAGUCCCUCAGAGAAGUGCAUUGGUCUGUGUUCCUUUGAGACCUUUAAAAGAUUUCAGGUUUCAGAAAGAUUGAAAGGUUUCAGGUAGCUGCAGUUGUUCAGUAGAGUACAAACCAGAUGACACUAGGUUGCCGCUUGAGGUUCUAUAUUCCCUUCUCCUUGAUCAGCUUCUGCUCUAUUUUUACUUGAAUAUCAACUCAUUGCCAGAAUUACGGGAGGACUAGAUUCAGAGAUCUAGGAGAUUUGUAUGUCCUGGCUCCAGCAGGCAUCCCUCUGGAUCCUCUCAUCUGCAUUACGGAAGACUGGAAACAUAAAGAUUGCCCCUGAUGCUGAUGGCUGGGGGUACGGACAGCUUUCAUGGCCUUCUUGCCAAGCCCUGCUUUCUGCCAAUUUUGAAUUGUGUGUUCAGCUGAAUAGGCACUCAGUUGGCUCCCCACCAUAAUUUUGUUAAUGUACUUUCCUUCAUGUACCAAUUUGAGCAAAGAAAUUGCUAAAGAAUUUUACCAAAUAUCUUGACUGAAACUUUAUGCAGGCUAAUCAGGAGAUGUUAAGUCAUGACUCUCGGCUCCUCUGUAUUGCCCUGAUAACACUGUGCAGACUGAAAGAUGCUCUGGGCAACAUAACUCUCAUUUUCUGAGUUCAGCACCUGCUAAACAUUGCAAAGUGUGGAAGAUUAGCAUAUACCUUUCCAUUUUACGCUGCAGAGACAAGCUUUGUUUUAAAGGAGGGGUUAAGGGGUGGUGUGAUACACUUCCAUGUGAAUUAUGUGUACUUUUAAAUCAACACAGAAUUCUGCUAUGGACCACAACAGCGUCCAUAUCACCGUAAGGAGACUUCUGCCAAGACUUAACAAGAAAAGUGCUCUUAAUAUUCCUUGGUGUAAUGCUAUGAUCUCAUGGGCCCCUCACAACCAUGUAGCAAUACCCUGCCCCCCUAACCUGAGCAUUAACUCUUACAACUUCCUAAUAACACAAAGACUUAUGGACUAACCAUAACUGGGUUUGUGACAGAUUUACAUGGACUGUGCUCUUACCUUGCUUAGCAAACUUAAAACCCCAGUGGUAUUAUUAUGUACACAGACCUGAAUGAGACACUAAAGCCUUGCCCCUGCAAAUUUUGAUGUGGACUAUUGAGCAUGAGAUUUACCUUUUUAAAGACAGCUGCCUUCAUUUUUAAACACAUAAAUAGCAGGGUCUGAGCCCAUCAGAAAAUACAAAAGCAGAGCAAUAUGUCUACAACUAGUUUUGCUCUAUAACGAGGUGCAGUUCUUAUACUGUCUGCAUUUAAAUAAAAGCUAUAGUAUUGUUGUUAUGAUGUGAUAUGUAGUUUUGGUACAAGAGUAAAAUAUUCCGUAUUUCAUCAUUGCAACUUUUUUAAACAGUGUAAUCUUGUAAACUGUAAAUGUAUUUAAAUGCAUAUAUUUUGCAAGAAAUCUACUGAAGAUGGCCAUGUUACGUGGUUUGGCACUUUUGUUUCAUGGUCUUUAUUUUUUGUUUUAAAUAAGUGUCCAACUGUAUUUGUCAUCCAGCCCAUAGACACACUACAGCCUUGCUCAGCAUUCUUGUGUCUAGCAAAUAAGUCAACAGGUAUUAGCCCAAAUCCUGGACCUCAUUCUCUUUUGUCUCAAAGAACUAUAAACAAAACUCCUGCUGACAGACACACCUGCAUGUACCUGUACCGUAGAGCCUUUAGAAGCACUGCAGGAUUUGGACUCUGACCAAAAGAUGAAAUCUUUCUGGGCAGUGCAUCACUAACAUUUAAAAAUCUCAUCAGAACUGGUGACUUGGGGAAAGGGAGGGAAACCCAUGCCUUAGAAGGGAAUUUAUUUUUUUUUUUUUUUUUUUUACAAGCCAAACAUCUUGAUACAUAGCUUUGUGUCAUGGCAGGGCUGGAUCCUCUGAAGCUAUUAUGCAAGACCUCUUGGAAGAAACCAGCACUAUCUGUGCAUGUACUAGCAAACAGAGCAUCAUCCUACUAAAAACAUAACUCGCUGCUGAUGUAACAAGGUUUUGCUGAGGUCAGUGGGGAAGCACCCAACAACUCUAGCAGGAAGUAGGGCCCAUUUAAAAAAAUGUUAUAUUUAAUCUCAUCCUUCAGUAUACUUACUUGCUGCUGUGCUUUAAAAAAUAACCCAAGAGAAUGCUGUUACUGACAUCACUGGCUUCAGGGUAAAAGUCUUAAGCUGGUUUUUGCUACAUUUGAUUUAUUAAAAGCAAAGACCUACUCCUGAACUUUAAGGCUUAGAAGUGCUCAGGAUCAGGCCUGAACCUCAUCCCAAGGAAAAGAGAAAUCUAUAGCACUUGUUUACUAUUUUUAUUUUGUAUUUAUGAUUUCACAUAAAAAUAAAAACUUCUAAACCAA